AUGGCAAAAAGUGCAUGCUUCGACUUCUGCCCCAAGGACAGCGACAAUCAGCUGUACCCGCGUGUUCACUUCUCUUGUCGCUCUUUUGAUUUCACACUCCUGUUCCAAGAUGUCUUUUUCAUUGCCGUCCCGGCCUCCCUGAUGCUGAUAAUUAUACCGAUCCGACUACGAGCACUAUGGACGGCGCAGGUGCAGGUCAAGUUAUCUGCGCUGGCAAUAUGGAAACUGAGUCUCUACAUCCUUCUUUUCACGUUCCAUAUACUCUUCCUGGCUCUCCGUCAGCGGGCUCCCCGCUUGGUUACGACCAUGUCGAUAGCCUCUGGCGUGUUAUCAGCAGCCGCAGUUCUCACCGCCGGAAUCUUGUCCUUCUUGGAACACCAACGAUCGUCAAGACCUUCGGACCUCUUGGUACUGUAUUUCUCAGCAUCUGCCAUCCUCUACAUUCCAACCCUUCGAUCACUUUGGUCCAUGCCGUGCCAUACCCAGACGCCCGGUGUCUUAUGGGUCGUGAUCUAUGUUGGGACCAUCCUUCUCGCCGCCAUCGAGUCUGCUCGAAAGACUCAGUCGCUUCUUUAUCCACCUGAGAAAGAUGUUUCUCCAGAGGGUUUCACUGGAAUUUGGAGUCGUGGUCUUUUUGCUUGGACUCUUCCCUUCCUCCGCUUGGGCUUUUCAGACGUGCUUCAACUCAGCCAAAUACCCCAAGUGGGUAGUGAUCUCAGGGCAGAAUCAACAUUGACUACCCUCCGGGGCCCUUGGCAAAUUCACCAAGGAAAUUAUCGCCUAAUCCGGGCCGUCUUCUCCUCUAACAAGUGGCUUUUCCUUUCUGCCGUCCCCCCGCGCCUUUCGCUUUCUGCCUUCAUGUUUUGCCAGCCAUUUCUCAUCGAAGCUUCAGUCUCAUACUUGAACUCAACGCCGGACGAAUAUAACAAGUACUACGGACGUGCCCUCGUUGGAGCUUUUGUUCUUGCUUAUGCCGGCGUGGCAAUCUCACGAGCAUUAUAUAUGCGUCAGACAUAUCGUUUAAUUGCCCGCAUUCGAUGUUCUCUGGUGGCCAUGAUGUACCAGCACACCACUGGUUUCCGGGCUGCCGAACUGCAGGACUCAUCAGUCGUUACUCUGAUGGGUACCGACGUGGAGAGGAUAGCACAGGCCCUCAGGUUGAUCCAUGAACUAUGGGUAUCGAUUCCAGAGGUGGGCAUAGCUGUUUGGCUGUUGGCUCGCCAGAUGUCAUGGGCUUCUGUUGUGCCACUUAUCGUGUGUCUGGUAUCUGUGGUAAUAACUUCGAGGAUUUCAGCAUCUUUCGGAAAAGCCCAAGUCGCUUGGAACGAGCGUGUCCAGAAAAGGGUUGCUACCACUGCCGGCAUGCUAACAAACAUGAAAGCUGUCCAGAUGUUGGGCAUGUCAAAUAUCAUGAACGAAAUUGUAACACAUCUCCGAAUGAUCGAACUGAAAACAUCGGAGCGCUUCCGCGCAUUUUUGAUUUGGCAGAUCCUCCUUGGAAACGCUCCCGUGACAAUUGCACCCUUCGCAACUUUCACCGUUUAUGCUAUCAUCGCCGUAACGACAAAAAGUGACACCCUUCUUUCUGCUCAAGCAUUCACUGCGCUUUCAUUGAUUAGUCUGAUGACGACUCCUCUAAUCCAGUUCUGUCAAGCUUUGCCUUAUUGUGUUCAGUCUGCCGCCUGUUUUGGUCGAAUACAGGAGUAUUGUCUAAAGGAACAGAUUUUCAAUACUAUGGAUAACCCGCUUUCCUCAUCGUCUGAGCUAAUCCCACUCAGGAGUAUUGACACCCUGAAAAACAGAGAGGGACAUCUAAUACAUUACUAUCAUGCAGAUAUCGCCUGGUCGUCUUCUUCGGAGCCCAUACUCCGAGACCUAACACUUGACAUUGGCCCCGGCCUCACUGCCAUCGUUGGGCCGGUCGCAUCUGGGAAGUCGACACUGCUAUGGAGUAUGCUCGGAGAGACAGCCCUCUUAGCUGGGACAGCUUCGCAUUUCACUGCAGCAGCAUUUUGUGCACAGACUCCCUGGAUCAUGGACGAAACGAUUCAACACAAUAUAACAAUGGGUUUGAACCUUGAUCGAGAAUGGUACAACUUCUCAAUAUAUUGUGCAUGCCUCUAUGAGGACCUAACUAGGCUCCCUCGAGGCGAUCAGACCUUGGCAGGGAGUAAUGGCGCUUCCCUGAGCGGAGGGCAACGCCAGAGAGUUGCGAUUGCUCGCGCUGUGUACUCGAAAUUGCCUAUUGUUAUCCUCGACGAUGUAAUGAGUGGACUGGACGCCAAGACUGUAAAUGCUAUUUGUAGCCGUCUCUUUAGUCAUUUUCGCAAAGCCGGCAUCUCUGCCAUUGUAGCUACGCAUACACGGAGCGUCCUUCCUCACAUGGACACAGUCUUGGCGUUGGAAAGUGGACAUAUGGUUCAAGUUCGGGACUUGGUUGGCGUGAACAUACAGUCUGCCGGGGUCGUAGAACAAGUCCCUUCAGCCACGGAGUCACCUGCACUCGAAUCUAUAUUACAAAACAACAAUGACAAUUUGGACAUCCCUCAAGAUUCAGAGCCUCCAAAUAAUGGAAGUGACAGCGAAGAAAGUGAAAGUGUGCCACUUGACUCUGAAAGACAAAGAGGAAAUUGGGCGGUUUAUUCAUAUUACUGCCGAAGUGCUGGACUACUCUCGGUAGUAAUCUGGAUUACUUGCUCGAUGCUCGCUGCUGUCUUCACAGGAGUUACAACAAUAUGGGUCGAAAUAUGGACCGACGAGAACCAGAAACACCCCAACCAAAGACUUGGCUACUAUUUGGGGAUAUAUGCCCUUUUCAUGGUUUUGUCUAAUUUGGCUAUGGGAGGCGAGUUAUGGUACUCUUUUAUCAAGAUUAUUAGCGAUACCGCACUUCAUUUACACACUGAUAUCCUAGAUGCCACUUUGAGAGCGCCUUUCCAAUUCUUCCAAGAAGUGGAUGUUGGCUCCAUCACAAAUAGGUUCAGCCAAGACAUGGACCUCAUCGAUAUGGUUUUGCCGUCUCAGGCAGCUCAUCUAAUGAUAUUUUCUUUUUCAGGUGCUGCUUCAUGUCUCGUCCAGCUCAUCAUCCUGUGCGUUCUCGGAAAAUACUUGGCGGCAACUAUUCCCAUAUUUCUUGGUACCUUAUUCAUACUUCAAAAGUGCUAUCUCCGCACGUCACGACAGGUCCGGCUUAUCGACAUUGAAGCGAAAGCCCCGCUCUACAAGCAGUUCAUUGAAACAGUUUCAGGCGUGACAACCAUUCGGGCCUACCGCCGCAGUCCAUACUUCCGCCAUAGAAACGCACAAACUCUGGACAUAUCGCAAGGGCCAUACUACAUGCUUUUCUGUGUCCAGCAAUGGCUUGUGCUGGUGUUAGAUCUCAUUGUGGUGACCCUCGCCGUGAUAAUCGUCGCUAUUGCCCUGACAACUCUGGGCAGCAUUAGCGCCGGUGAGCUCGGUGUUGCCUUGGUGUUGAUACUCCAGUUCAACUCUCUUCUUUCCCAAAGCAUACAGGCUUGGACCAAGUUGGAGAUUUCCAUUGGGGCUGUUAGUCGGAUUCAGCAAUACGUAAGGGACACGCCAUCAGAGUCCGCAGGAGACCCUGCUCCACAUCAAUGGCCAAGCCAAGGUGCCAUACGUUUCGACAAUGUUGUGGCAAGCUACGCGCCCCAUGCUCCUCCUGCUCUUCAUGGGGUAACCUUGAGUAUCCGCCCAGGAGAGAGGAUCGCUAUCUGUGGCCCUUCGGGCAGUGGAAAAACAACACUACUCAUGACCUUGCUCCGUAUGACUGCGCUUCGAAACGGUCUUGUCAGUAUUGACGGAACCAAUGUUUCUACAUUGUCACCAAACGACUUGAGAGCAAAGAUGAACGUACUUCCACAAGAGCCUUUCUUCAUGCCUGGCACAAUCAGAUUCAAUCUCGAUCCCCGGCAGUGCUCAUCGGAGCAUGCCAUAAGAGCAGCCCUUGACAAGGUUGGUCUAUUAACCAAAGUUGAGAGCAAUGGGGGCCUUGAGGCCGGUUUGGACUCGAGAUGGUCUCAGGGCGAAAAUCAACUACUAUGCCUAGCCCGUGCCCUUCUGGUGCCAAGCAAGAUAUUGAUUCUUGACGAGGCUACAAGCAAUGUGGAUGACCAAACAGAAGGAAUCAUGCUGGAUGUGAUUGGACAAGCGUUCAAGGACCAUACCGUCAUCUCGGUCAUCCAUCGGCUCUCGAAGAUAGAUACUUAUGAUCGAGUGGUGGUCCUCAAGGAUGGACGUUUGAUAGAGAGCGACUCGCCCGCGUCACUGCUUGAGAAAGAUACAGUUUUUCGGGAGCUGUACCAAGCCUACGUCUCGGGACAUUAG